CACAGUUUCCGAUCAUAUGAAUGAUUUUCAAAGUUUUGUUAAGAGGCUUAAGACUUCUAGUUCUAAUUUUAGAACCGAGCUAGAUCACUAUUUAGAUGAUGUUGUUUUACCAAUGAUGGAUGAAUUUAAUAUUUCAUUGUGGUGGAAAGUUAAUGGGGUGAAAUACCCCACGUUGCAAGCCAUUGCAAGAGAUAUAUUGGCAAUUCCAGUGUCUACAGUUGCCUCGGAGUCAGCAUUCAGUGGGAGUGGAAGGUUAGUUAGUCCUCAUCGUAAUCGGCUCCAUCCAAACAUGAUAGAAGCAUUUAUGUGCGCACAAAGUUGGUUAUGGAACAACCUUAAAGGUCCAUCCGGAGUGACUACCUGACAUGAACAAAAGGGUGAUCCAAGGAUAAGGGAAUUUGGGAUGAUUAACAAUCGUUUUUUAGAAUCUGGAUGUUGAAGUGUUGAAUACUGAUUUGUUGUUGUAUUGAAUUUAGGCCUAAUACUAUUCUUUGUGAAGGUUUACUACUUGUAUUUUUUAGGCCUAAAAUUGUUUUUUGAAUUUAGAUUCUGGGAUGAUUACUACUUUGUUAUUAUGUUACAACUUACAAGAG